GGGCCGCUGCGGCCAUGGGCGAGUACGGCAUCGAGCCGGGGCAGCGCGUGGCCGUGCUCUGGGACGCCUCCGCGCCGGCGCAGCAGCUGAAGGACUUGGUGGAGAGGAUUCAGGCGCUGGUGGGAGCCGAAUCCCGCGUGUCUGUGGAAAACAUCAGCCAGCUGCCUCAGUCCGCCCACGGAGCGUCCAGUUUCGAUGUGAUUCUCUGCGGCCUGGUGCCCGGCAGCGCGGCGCAGCACGGCGCGGACCUGCUGGCGGAGAUCGCCCGGAUACUCAAGCCAGGGGGCCGCGUCCUCCUGAGAGAGCCGGUGGUUACGGAGACAGAAAACAGCCAGAUCAAGACAGCAGCCAAACUCCCCACAGCUCUGACCCUCUCUGGGCUGGUGGAGGUGAAGGAGCUGCGAAAGGAGCCCCUGACCCCGGAGGAGACCCAGUCGGUCCGAGAGCAUUUGGGCUACCAAGGCAAUGACCUUCUCAUGGUUCAGCUGGAGGGCAGGAAACCCAACUUCGAAGUGGGGUCCUCGAGUCAGCUCAAGCUUUCCUUUGCCAAGAAACCUUCGGGAAAGCCCUCUGUGGACCCGGCGACUGCGAAGCUGUGGACUCUCUCUGCCAACGAUAUGAAUGACGAUGAGAUGGAUCUGCUGGACUCGGAUGAGCUGUUGGAUUCCGAGGACUUGAAGAAGCCAGAUCCGUCAUCCCUCAGAGCUCCCUCUUGCAAAGACAUGGGCAAGAAGAAAGCCUGCAAGAACUGCACGUGUGGCCUGGCUGAAGAGCUGGAGCAGGAGAAGAGGAGCUCGCAACCCAGAUCGGCCUGUGGCAACUGCUACCUGGGCGACGCCUUCCGCUGCGCCAGCUGCCCCUACCUGGGCAUGCCCGCCUUCAAACCCGGCGAGAAGAUCCUUCUCGAGGAGAACCAGCUGCACGAUGCCUAACGGCAAGGCGCUCGUGCGCGUCCUGCAAAGGCCUCUGCUUUCCCAGCAGUCCGAGAUG